CGACAUUACUCGGCCAGAUAGUCUCGUGGAACGCCGAUUGAUCCGAGAUGAUCGUCACCGGGAACACCGUCUGCGCCCUGGCGUUGCUGCUCUGCUUGGCGUUUCGCGCUUCCGGCGAAUACGAAUUGAGAGAGACGCCGAACGGAGGGUCGAACGAUAACAGAUCGCCGAGCAACGACUUCGGCUCGUGCAUCGAGGGAAAGUGUACGAAGCGCACCACCGCGCAGGAAAUCACGAGCGGCAUGUGGUUCGGUCCGCGAUUGGGAAAACGACGCAGGUCUGACGAAAAGCAGCAGAUCAAUCCCGAGAUCGAAAUGCUAGUGAAUGCCCUGGACCAACCGGGGGUGCGCUGGACCGUCAUCACGAUUCCAGCUAAUGAAAAGAGACAACCGACGCAAUUUACACCGCGCCUGGGACGAGGAUCGGACGAGGAACUAUUCUCUUACGGUGAUGCGACCGAUAGGAAUGAGAUCGAGGAAGACGAUCGUCUGUUACCGCUGAUAUUCGCGCAGCGUUUAGGACGUCGGCUACCCUGGAUACCGUCGCCGAGGCUCGGGCGUCAAUCGCGCAGCGUAUCGCGAAAAAUAUAGGCAGCAUCGUGACAAAAGCUAGAUCAUCGAAAAUUACGAGCAAAGAGUGAUUUCUUAUCUCACAAUUGCGUAGGUCUACAUAAUUGUGAGGAUUUCGACGGAGCGACAAACAAAAUUAUAGUGCUAUUAAGAUAUAAAGAAAUAAAAUCCUGACGUUUAUUUGUAUUUCGAAAUUAGCUGCUGUUCCUUUAUUAUAUAUCCUUGAAUAUUCCCAGAAUCCUAUCUAAAUUCUCUGUUGUUUAUUGCUUCAAUUUACUAUUUUAAUUAAAU